AGGUGGGCUGUUUGUUGUUUAUGGGUUAGCUUAAUUUGCGUAAACAUCAGUCAGAGUGGCGUGUGGCCGAACAGUGCGAACAACAGGAACUCCCGGUUUUUGGUUUCUAGGCAAUAAACUUAUCGGAUGGGUAAACAUGUGCAGAUAAAUAUUCUUCCAUUUGUAUAAGCUGGGAAAAUAGAUCCUUCUCGUUGAAUGAGGCUGCUUAAAUUUAUGAUCCCAUUCAAUUUAUUUAUUUGUUACGAGAGUUUAUUUCAGAAGUCAGAAAAUCCAAACGCUACACAUUCCGGGGAUGUUGUUAGAAAUUAAAGAUGAUGUUAUCAAAAUGACAGGAAUCAUCUUGACGUCGCACGUCUGGGGUUAUCUGGCGGAUACCAAAGGGCGCAAAAAUGUGAUCAUCCUGUCGUUGGCACUCACCUUCGUGUGCUCACUGGUGUCGAGUAUGGCGGGUAAUUUUGUCACCAUCGUGAUUCUCCGGCUGCUCGUUGGAAUGUGCGUUUCAGCACCGUCAGCCACCAUCUACGCGUAUCUGGGUGAGUUUACGAAAACGGAAAAACGAACCAUGAUCAUCUCCUUCGCCAGUGUUGCCGUCGGACUAUCCUCCAUCUACACCGGCAUUCUCGGUUGGCUAGUGCUGUCUUUCGACUGGCGCCUGGAUCUAUGGAGUUUGGUAGAAUUCCGACCGUGGAGGCUACUGAUAAUCCUCUACUCGCUACCCGGUGCGAUUGCUGCCGUCUGGAUGAUUUUCCUGCCGGAAAGUCCCAAGUUCUAUCUCGCACAGGGUCAAGAUGAUUUGGCCUUGCAGGUGCUACAGAAAAUGUACUUGGGCAACAACCCGGGAGCAACGGUAGACGACUAUCCUGUUAAACGGAUAACUCCGGAGGUGUGCGAGGAUGCCAUCGGAUCACAGAGGAAAGGACUUUUGGCUGUUGUGUGUAACAUGUGGGAUCAGACGGUGCCCCUGUUUCAACGACCAAAUCUGACCUACUUUAUUGUGUGCUGUACACUACAGUUCGGGAUGUUUUUUGUCUCCGCCGGAAUGGGAUUAUGGUAUCCGGAGAUUAUCAAUCGAUUAACAUCCGGUACCCAGGGUGGUUCGGAAGCCAUCUGUAACGUUCUGGAAGGAGAGAUCGACCCCGACGAAGAUCUCAUUUCAUACAUGGAUGAAGAAUGCAACGAUCACAUGACGCAAGAUGUGUUUAUUUACGUUAUAGCUUUGGGAUCCAUCUACACCUUCCUCUAUCUUUCUAUUUCCGCAAUUUUGCGCAAAGUCAACCGAGGCUAUAUUUUGUUUUUCAACUUAUUCGUCUCGGGGAUCUCCGGUUUGCUGCUGCUAUUCAUCGAUGACAUGUACUUUGUGCUGAUGCUAUUUUGCUCCUUUAUGGUAUUUGCCGGAAUCUCUAUCUCGUUGGUGAACGGUGUAGCCGUAUCCAUAUUCCCUACCAACAUUAGAGCGAUGGCCGUCUGCUUAAGUCUGAUGAUGGGCCGGCUUGGCAGCGUCGCUGGAACCAAUCUAAUUGGUUUUAUCAUGGAAGAGAACUGCACGGUGACGUUUACACUUUUUGCCGCUUGCUCCCUGGUGGGUGCUAUUUUGACACUGGUGCUUCCAAGGCGGUAGCUUUAUCCUUCCCAGAAGAUCCAGUAAUGCCGUCUUUGGAAAUAAACUUUUUCGCUCUAGUCAAAGUGUAAAAUUGAACAGAUCUGAUUUUUCCGAAAUAAAAGAAAGUUCGAAGAAUGCUUGUUA